AUGUCUCUGUCUCUCCUCAGGCUGGUGGAUCUGUUUGUAGGGGCCCCUCUGUUCAUGGACCGCGGUAGUGAUGGGAAGCUGAGGGAGGUGGGCCAGGUGUCUGUGUUCCUGGGGAAGGGAGGCUUCUCCUUCCACACACCCAUCACACUGAGUGGGACAGAGAUCUACUCACGCUUCGGCAGUUCUAUCGCCACACUGGGGGACCUGGAUAUGGAUGGCUUCAACGACGUUGCCAUAGCUGCACCCUACGGCGGGCCGAAGCACAGGGGCCUAGUGUACAUCCACAAUGGGAGGGCUGCAGGGCCUGACCCAGUGCCUUCUCAGGUGCUAGUGGGGAGGUGGGCCUCCUCUUACAUGCCCCCCAGCUUUGGAUACUCCCUGCACGGAGCCACCGAUAUUGACCAGAAUGGAUACCCAGACUUAAUAGUGGGUGUAUUUGGUGCAGACAAAGCUGUUCUAUACAG